AUGGACGCCCUGUCGUGCUCCUUCCUCUCCAGUGCCGCCAUCCCAUUUCCCCACAACCCCCACUCCGCCUCCAAGGUCCUUCCUUCUGGCCAUCACCAGCGCCGCACCUCCGCAGUUCUCACCAACGAGCGCCCUCCCGCCGAGAGCAGCACUACCACUGUCCGCCCUUCUUCGGUUUCCCCCUCAUCGGCCCCCCCGCCCGUAAAGGUCCUCAGGAGGCCGAUCGAGGCGACACCAGCGCCAUCCCUGGCCAACUCCCUCAGCAACGCCUUCGACGCCAUCAUCAACAAUUUCAUUGACCCCCCCGUCCAACGCCCCUCCGUCGACCCCCGCUACGUCCUCGCCGACAACUGGGCCCCCGUCGGCGAGCUACCCCCGACGCCUUGCCCCGUCGUCAGGGGAAGAAUCCCCCGCGCCCUCCGCGGCGGCGCCUACGUCCGCAAUGGCCCGAACCCCCAGCACCUUCCCCGCGGGACGCACCACCUCUUCGACGGCGACGGCAUGCUUCACUCCAUACUCCUCCCCGCUGGUGGCGACGGCGCCGCACCUGCCACCUUGUGCAGCCGUUAUGUCCAGACCUACAAGUACCUGGUGGAGCGGGAGGCCGGCGGGAACGUCCUCCCAAACGUCUUCUCGGGCUUCCACGGAGUCGGUGGCCUCGUUCGUGGCGCUGCUAUCGUCGCCCGCGUGGUCACGGGACAGAUGGAUCCCUCCGAAGGCGUCGGCCUAGCGAACACCAGCCUCGCCUUCUUCGGCGGUCGUCUCUUCGCCCUCGGAGAGUCGGACCUCCCCUACGCGGUUCACCUCUCCCCAUCCGGCGACAUGAACACCAUCGGCCGGUGGGACUUUGAGGGCAAACUCUCCAUGGGCAUGACGGCUCAUCCCAAGAAGGACCCCAUCACCGGCGAGGUUUUCGCGUUCCGGUACGGGCCGGUGCCCCCGUUCGUCACUUACUUCCGCUUCGACGCUGAGGGAAGGAAGCAGUCGGACGUGCCCAUCUUCUCCGUCACCCAGCCCUCCUUCCUCCACGACUUCGCCAUCACCGACAAGUACGCCAUCUUCUGCGACAUCCAGAUCGUCAUGCAGCCGAUGCAGAUGGUACUGGGGGCCGGCUCUCCCGUCGGUGCCAACGCCGGGAAGGUGCCCAGGGUCGGUGUACUGCCGCGGUACGCGGCGUCCGAGAGCGACAUCAGGUGGUUCGACGUGCCCGGAUUCAACCCGUUGCACACAGUCAACGCGUGGGAGGAGGACGGCGGCGCCACCGUGGUGCUGGUGGCACCCAACGUGCUGUCUGUUGAGCACGCGCUCGACAGGAUGGAGCUCGUCCACAGCUGCGUGGAGAUGGUGAGGAUCGACCUCAGGAGCGGUGCCGUGUCCCGGACCCCGCUCUCCGCCGGGAACCUCGACUUCGGCGUGAUCAACCCAAGCUACCUGGGGCGCCGCAACCGCUACGCCUACCUCGGUGUGGGGGACCCGCAGCCGAAGGUGGCCGGGGUGGUGAAGCUCGACAUGGAGAAGAAGGGCAGCGACUGCGUGGCCGCCUCCCGCAUGUACGGCCCCCGAAGGUUCGGUGGCGAGCCAAUCUUCGUGCCGGCGCCGGACGAGGGGGAGGAGGAGGACGACGGGUACCUGGUGACGUACCUGCACGACGAGAGCACGCGGGAGUCGAGCUUCCUCAUGAUGGACGCAAGGUCGCCGGACCUGGAGGUGGUCGCUGAGGUGUCCCUGCCCCGGCGGGUGCCGUACGGCUUCCACGGCCUCUUCGUCGCCGCGGCGGAGCUCCGCGCACAGAGGGAGAAGCCCUAG